GUGGCGGGGGCGGCGGGCGCGGGGGCGCGGGAACCCUGGCAAGGCCCGAGGACCAGAGAGCGUCCCUUUCCAGCGCCCGGACCCAGGGGGAGCCAGAGGAGCCGGAAUCGCUGAGGGGGCUCCACGCGGGGGCCCCCCACUCACAGGGCGUGCGAUCUGCUGAUAGCCUGGAAGAAGUAGUGGACUGGGCAGCCUCGGGAGACACAAGAGGUUCUGGAAAGCAGGAGAGAAGAGAUGGAACCAGCCAGGAAGAAGAAGACCAAAUGUUCACAGGAAGCAGAUUUGAUGGGGAGACAGGCAGAAAGACAGAGAAAGCAGGACCCGAAUGCUGUUCCGCUCAUUCAGGAAAAUCACAGGACAAACCAUCCUACCCUGAGCUCCGCAGCGGACAGCAGGCGGAGCCAUCCGUUCCGCAGACCUGCAACGUUGACCGAUCUACGACUUCACUCCUCUGGGCUGUGACCUCCGGAGGGUCCUCCAGAAAACAGAGGGCAUUGUCAGAACAGACCAGAGGCCCUCGACUACAAGUUCAAAGGUGUCUGUCCCCAGAGGUCUGGUCCAAUCACAUCUUCUUGGUGUUCUUGACGUUUUGUGACUGGGAGAGUCUCCAAUGGGACCUGGGUGUGCUGACUCCGCUGUGGAACCAAGGAUGGUGCUUAGGUCCGUGUGGGCCCAGCCCCCCACCCCAGCAAGCACAGAGGCCGCAUGAAGACCUCCACCCAAAACCAGACUGUCCGACUGGACUCCAAUCACAGCAGGAGACUAAGAUACUCCCAGGUCAAAGAGAACAGGGAGCUGUGGACCAUGAAGGGGAGACAUGCGAAUUCAAAUAGCCCCUUGACUAGGCGUGAACUACAGUUUCCCCCACUCUGCCGGCCUCCCCUACAAAAUGGACCAAAGAGGACCAGAAGAAAAAGAAGGGGUGGAGUUACACCCGCCAGCCAGGACUGCCUGUCACCCCGAGCCUACUGGGGAUGCCCAUGGGAGGGUGUCAUGAGUCGUGCUUGUGAAUGUCACCUACAACAUGGCAUUUGAGGAUGAUUGACAGAGACCCUGGAACAAUCUGAUCCAAGUGUGGACCGCUGCCAGCCUCCUGUGAUCCAGCCGCAAGCCAAUGGAGAAAGAAGACUACAAGAAAGCAAGGCUGAGACAAACCCAGAAGAAACCCAAGCCACCUCCUGAGAAGCGGUCGAGAGAAGGAUGAAGAUAAAACAGAUGGGGACUCGGCCCGCCUGCCCUCAUGUAGACCAUGAUCUGGAAGUUCAAGCCCAAGAAGCACAUCUGGAAGGCAGGAUGCGUUGCGGACCCCUGUGCCAGCUGCUGUGGCUUUGGCUCUGUCUGUCCUACAUUGAAGCUGUGCCCACCCAAAAAAUCCAGGAUGACACCAAAGUCCUCAUCAAGACGAUUAUCACCAGGAUCAAUGGCGUUUCACACAUGCAGUCUGUCUCCAAGUACAGCAUCACCGGUUUGGACUUCCUUCCUGGGUUCCAAUCUGCCCUGAGUUUGUCCAUGAUGAACGACAUAUUGGAGACCUACCAAAAGAUCCUCAUCAAUCUGCCUUCCAGAAAUUUGAUGCAAAUAUCUAAUGACAUGGAGAACCUCCAACACCUUCUCCAACUGCUGGCCUCCUCCAGGGGCUGUCACUUCACCCAGGUCCCGGGCCUGAAUUCCUUGAAGGGCAGCAUCCUGGAAGCUUCGCUCUACUCCACAGAGGUGGUGGUCCUGAACGGGCUGAAGGCGUUUCUGCAGCAAAUGCUGCGGCAGCUGGACUUCAGCCCUGAGUGCUGAAGCCUUGAAGGCCUCUCUUCUCAAAGUCGAGGGAAGAAACCUGGGCUUCCAGGUGUCUCCAAGAGAAGAGAAUACAAAUUUGAUGCAGGCCUCUGGUCCUUUCUCUCUCACUCCUCCACGCUACACUUCCAAAGGCAUACAACUCCAAGACACGAAACCAAAGAUAGAAAUACACGAUGCCAUGCUCACUGGGAGUGGGGCCCAUCCAGCAAACAGGGAGGACUGGAUCUGAGUGUCUCACAAAUCUUCCUCCCUGUUCUGUCACCCCUCUCACUGCAUGCUUUAGUGUGACCCAGGGUGGUUUCAGGAGGCGGGUCACAGAGCCCUUGCAGCAUCAGAUCGAGGUUUCCAUCUGAGAAUUCUGGGGAGCAUCAUGAAGGCUACAUCCACACACAGCUGGAAACUCCCAAGCAACACCAGUCAGAAGCACUUAUUUAUUUAUUACCCUCUUUAUUCUGCAUGGAUCUGAAGCAAAACAUGGACGAUUCCAGGCUCUUUGGGGUCAGCUGGGGUCAGGGAUGCCCCUAGGAGAAGCCCAGUUUCCAUCCUCCCUCUGUGUGCUGGGUGGGCUCCAGGAAUCUCUGUUUCCAGUCCCAUCAAUGGGCCUGGCCGAGGCAAACCCAUUUCGAGUGACUUGAGGGCUCUCCAGUUAGUUCUCUUGUAACUGGCUUUGUUCCUACCGUGACUGAUUUUUAAAUCACAGUGUUUGCAAUGGCAUUGCUCUGAGCAGAUCUCCAAGGGCCAGGUUAUUUUUAAAAGAAGAUGAAUUUUGUCAAGUGUAAUAUGCAGUGUAUGUACCCGGAGGUGGGGAAUGUGUUGGUGGGAGAGGGAAGGACCCAGAAUGCAUUUUCUGAAUAACAUUUGUUUGAUGCA